GACGAGAUCGGUGCGAAGGUGUGCGUGGGAUGGCGUAGUCUCGGGAAGUCUCGCUGGCGCGUGAAACGUCGGGGGAGGGACUGCUCGAAGAGGAACGCCGCCCCGCCUCGACCAUGGUUCGUGGACCUGUCGCAGCAGUAGUCAUCGCUGUGGUUGUGCUCGGUAGUGCGGCUCCAGGGCUCGCCGGCUCGUGGUGGCAUCCGUGGGUGCCGAUGCAUCGAAUCCGCGUGAUGUUGGCCUGCUCGGGCAUCCGGUUCGUGUCCCGGUUCCAAUGGGGUGCCCGGCAUCCCAAAACCCAGAAUCGGCUCAAGGUCCAGCCGGUGCCCCGCUUCUUCGUGCACCACACCGAGGGUCCGGAAUGCUUCAACUACUGGAGCUGCUCGGAGCGGAUGCGCCACUGGCAAAACUUUCACAUGGACACGAGAGGUUGGGACGACCUCGGCUACAGCUUCCUCAUCGGCGGUGACGGGCGGGUGUACGUGUCCCGGGGCUGGGACCGCAGCGGAGCCCACACCAAGGGCCACAACGACGACGCGCUGGCAGCGGCGUUCAUCGGCGACUUCUCGCGCCACCUGCCGACUCCUUGGGCGGUCGGGGCGCUCAUUCGACUGCUAAACUGCGGCGUUGCCUUGGGCAAGAUCCGUCCUGACUACACACUGCACGGACAUCGAGACGCCAACUGCCGGACGUGUCCGGGGGAUGCCCUGUACGCCUACAUUUCUCGGUGGAGGCACUUCGGCGGGAAGCUUAAGAAGUACAUCUGCGAAACGCCAGUUAAGCAGCAGUCCUCCACUGAACGUGCCCAGCGAUGUCCGGGCGUGGAGAUCGUGAGCCGCAGUGGCUGGGGCGCCAGGGCUCCGAGAAAUCGGGCAGCCAUGAAGAACCCCCGGGCCCAGUACGUGUUCAUACACCACACCACGGGAUCCCAGUGCAAGGAUAAGGCUGCAUGCAGCAGGCUCAUCCGCGGUCACCAGAACUACCACAUGGACAAGAACGGCUGGGCAGACAUCGGCUACAGUUUCCUCGUGGGCGGUGAUGGACGCGUCUAUGAGGGCCGUGGCUGGGGUCGAGUGGGAGCUCACACCCGAGGCUACAACAGCAACGGCAUCGCCAUCUCGUUCGUCGGUGACUUCACGAAGUCAACGCCCAACAACGGCAUGCUCAACGCGGCGAAGAACCUCAUCGCCUGCGGCGUCAAAGAGGGAAAGAUCAACCCGAAAUAUCCUCUGCACGGUCACCGCGAUGCAAACUGCACUGCUUGUCCUGGCAACCGACUCUACGACAUCAUCAAGAAGUGGACCCGCUAUGGCGGUCGACUCAAGAAUUUCGCGUGCUAGCAGCAUGCUCAUCCAAUGAUAUAAAAUAAAUCUAGGCAUGGAGGUA